AUGAACGUCUCUGAAGGCGGGCAAGAACAAGGUGUCCAAAACGAUCAACAGAAUACAAACAUUCAUGAUCUCCUCCAGGCUUUGGGGCACUCUGGGCCCGAAAAUAAUGACAACGGAAAUCUGGCUCACGUUCCCUACGUACCCCCAUUUCAACAUGCUCCCUUUGGUCCUUUCAGUCAACCAAUCCUUGCGGGCGCCUCUGGCCACUUGAUUCUUCCUCCUCAGGCUGUUCCUGCUUUCCAUCCUCCCUCUGGCGACGCAGCGGCUCCGAGUGACAUUCAAGCUCAGGUUGGUGGUCGACCGCUCACUCCUGCAGCUCCUCUGGCGACACAAGCACCUCAAACGUGGGCUCCACCAACCCUUUAUCCACAUCCUGUCUUUCCACACCCAGUCUCGAAUCCCCUCCCCCAUCCGCCACACCAACAGAACCGCGGACCUCUGGCGCUGGCCCAAGCCGCCGCCCCACCGUUGGCACCUGUCGUCAUCAGCGGCGGAAACCCUCCCCAGCCUAUCAACAUUACGCCCACUACAACCGUCACAUGCCGAUUUGCCAACUUGGAUCCCAACACCAACCAAUGGAUCGCCUGUGGACAACACGUCCCUGUUCUCAGAGGCGAUCCCGCAGGAAGUAUCGUAAACCACGUUCAGACCGUCCAUCUACCUGGUGGCUCCACGUCCUCCACCCAUAGGGUUCGUUGCACCUGGUUGACCGUACCCGGGCCCAGAGCUCGCGCCGCUAGACUCGGAUCGGACGUGGCAGGAGGCGGACUCCUUCCAAUCUGCGACCAAGAUAUACAGUUUAGGAGCUUUAGGAGACACUUGUUGAGAGGUAAACAUUACAUGCCGGAAAUCCCGCGUGCUAGGUGUCCUAUUGACCCCUACGGUUGCCGUCCCUUUUCGGAUAGGGAGGGAGGGAACGAGGGAUCGAUACAGCGUCAUGUGCAAACCGUACAUGGUGGUACCGGUGCGGCUUGA